UGUGAUAUCUGCAAUUCUGGUUUUGGUCGACUCCAGGAGCUUAAGCGACAUAUCCGAUCUACUCAUAAAAAAGAAAGACCAUAUGCUUGUCCUAGACUUGGAUGUAAUGCUACUUUUAAACGCAAGGAUGUUCUCAAGCGUCAUUUACGCAGUGUCAAAAAUCACUGA